GCACGAGGAGAUUGAGAAUGUGCUGCUGGAGCAGGAGCGGGAGCAUGCGGCGGAGAGGUGCCUUUGUAAGUUGCGUGCCGCCUUCAUGAACCGCUACGAUAGUCCACUCGGCUGGGUGUCGAUUUGCACAACGCUGUUGACCAGUGGAGCACUGCUAACCACCGGGAUGUACUGGCCAGCAAUCUGUUUGCUUGUCAUUCUCAUCCUGGAUCUGUGUGUCGUCAUCCGAGAGAGUAAUUUGCGUCGCACGGAAAUCUAUCGCAAGACGCGGCAUGCGUUGACUGAGAUUCGAUUGGCUGAACAACAUCUCAGCGACAAUUGGCAUGCCUCGAAUUAUCCACAUCUGAGUAAUCCAAUGUCGCCUUGCGUCUCACUGCAGUGGACAUAUCGCGAUGGACACAUUGUCAAUUUACCAUGGGCGCUGUUGGUGCGCGGCGAUUGCAUUGUUUUGCGGCCGGGUCAUAUAUCUCCCGGGCCUUGCCACGAACUGCAAUCGAAGCGCUUCUUCAAUGCCAGCGAAAUUUAUGGCGCCUCUGCUGCCCAGCUCGGCGAUCCACCCGUUAAGCCCAUGGCUCGUGCUCCACUGCCCGAUCUGGUGUGUUGUCUGGAUCGCACGCCUUAUUUGGAUAAUUUGCGUAUAUGCUUGAAGAAUUCGCUGAAACGACCGCCAACCAUUUACAAUCAACAGCGCUAUUUGCUAGUGACGAAGUACAUCCAGCAAUGGGGCUUCAUCAGCGCCCUAAUCAUCACUCUCUUUGCGGGUCUCUUGCGUCUUCAUGGCUAUGGUUUGGCCACCGAUGAGAAGCACAAUUGGCGUCAUGUGUUGAUUGGUUCCCCAGCAGCUGCAGUUAUUCCAUUGUUACCACUCAUCUUUCCACUGCUGUGGAUCUCCAUGAAUCUGUGGGGCGUGGCACGGUUGCAAUGCUUCCUAAAGACACCGCAGGCCAUACUCGAGAAGGGCAUGAGUAAAUCGUUUGAGGAUUUGGAUAUCGAUACACCUGGCUAUAAUUACGAUAGUGUUUCGCUGCUGCGCUCCAAUGUGCUGCGUAUUUGGACGCAAUUGUGGCAAGGUGACAGUGAACUGUUGCCACGCUCAGCGAAUCUUGUCCAGGUGCUGGGCUCCAUAUCCGCUCUCUGCUGUGUGGACAAGAAGGGCAUAUUGUCGUGGCCAAAUCCAACGGCAGAAAAGGUAUUCUUCUUGCACAAUUCGGAUGAGGAGCCGCAGGAUGAUGCCAGCCAACUGUCCAUGUCCACGCAAAGCGAUAAUGUCAACGAUGUGGAGAACAAGGAACGUGGCAUUGUCGCCGAAGUGCUCGAUCUCACACACGAUCAACACUGCCCCUUUCGACUGGAAUUCGAUGAUCACGAGUGGAAGGCACACAUCAAAUCUCUGAAGCCUUUGGGUCUUGCGAUUUUAUUGAACACCUGUUCGCCGCUGACGCAUGAGCAUUAUGCGCAGUUCUGUGGUCAUGUGAGCGCCGUGGCGAUGCUGGACAAAGAUCUGGUGCCAGUGACAAACCGGUAUGCGAUGUUUGAGUCCAGUAUGAAAUGCCUAUUGCAUGGACGCUGCCUGUGCGAGCUGGCCAAACAAAUUGGAUUCACCAAUCAUGCAACGGAUCGCUUUGCGCUUGAGGGUCAACUGGCCAGUUACAGGCAUUUGCAACCGGAUGUGGUGCGCCGGGAUAUUCGCUUUGCGAGGCAAUUGCAACUGUCUACAAAGGUGAAGGUGCCAUUUCCGCACUCGCUGUCCGUGGUGAUGCGUGAGAAUCCUGGCGGAUAUUUGUCACUAUUUACACAGGGCACCGCUGACAUAAUACUCGAUUGCUGCGAUGAUUUCUGGGAUGGCAAGGAUUUGCGACCGUUGUCGCCGCAGGAUCGCAAACGUGCCUUGGACUUUUAUCAGCGCAGCGCUUUAACCUCGUAUUGCACAGCGUUCGCGUAUCGCCCGCUGCGUCAUGGCAUCCAUGGAGCACUGAGUGGACCACUGCACGGCAAUGGGCAGAUUGCAUACUUGGAACUGCCACCCGAGUCUAAGUUGCGUAUGCAACAUGUGGAUAAAUCCCAUUGUGAUUUCGAGGGCGGACAUCACGUGAAAUUGAGCCACAGCAUUAGCACUGAUUCGCUGCUGUUCUCGGAGAACAAGGACGAGGACUGCAACGAUGUGGAGGGCUGCUUUGAGAUGCAGUGCCAUCAGGUCUUCAUUGGCAUGGUCACCAUGCAGUAUCAGGCACAAAACGAUAUUGUGCAUCUCGUCGAGCGGUUGGAGCGCGCAUGCAUUCGUUUUGUGCACUUCAGCAAGGAGAAUGAGUUGCGAUCGCGUGUCUUCUCCGAGAAGAUGGGCCUCGAGUCCGGCUGGAAUUGUCACAUUUCGCUGCUGAGCGAACCGGAGGAACGUGAAAAGUUGCCAGGUGCAGCCAGCAAGGCAAAGGAGACGACAGAGAAUGUUGUCGCCUCCAAGUCAUCAAAGAGUGCUGGUGAUGCCAGCGAUGGUCCCAAAUUGAGUUAUUUGCUGAGUCCGCAGCCCACCAAUUUGGAGUCCUCGAAAACACUCAGUUGCUCGGCGCCCGGUGCCAUCUCCAAUCCUGAGGAAUGCGAGCAGGCUAUUGCUCCAACGGAUGAGGAUGAAUUGGAGCAGGGUGCCGAGAAUGAGGCAUUAAAUUUUGAAAAUGAACCCAAUCCCGAACGACACAAUCAGCGUCAUUCUCUCGACUCGGCCAUGGACGAGAAUUGUCGAUCGUUGAGCACGUUGACGGAGAGCACGGAUCAGAGUGCACCCAUCAAUUUCGAUAUGUCCAAUCGUGCGAAGCUGCCGCGAGGAAUUGAGAAUAUACGUCCGCAUCUGGAGCAGGUGGACAAUGUCCCAUUGCAAGUGUCGCUCUUCACAGACUGCUCGGCGGAGGCAACCCGUCAAAUGCUCGACAUUAUGCAAUCCUACGGAGAGAUUGUCGUCUGCUUGGGCAGCUCGGCGAGCAAUGAUAAUGCCAACAUAUUUCUGCAAGCAGAUUGCAGCAUUGCUGUGGAACCGUUGUAUCCGCAGGUCUGCCAGGAUGUCGAUGCCUACACGGAGGCCAAUAUCCAGCACAACAAGCUCCACUAUCAGCAGCGAAGUAAAUCCACAACGGACGAACCCGAGCCGUUUGCCAGCGAACAGUUGCUCGAGUCGGGCGGCGCUGCUCGAGCCAUGCAAUCGCCGGCGUACACCGUGUCACCCAUCUAUUUGAGUCGGUUGCUCAACUCACUGCCCUGCUCGAUAGCCAUUUGUCGCGACGACCCCUUGUCACUGGUGGCCAUCAUUGAGCUGUCACGUCGCUUCUCGCUGGGCCUCUGGAAUUCCAUACAGUUCUGGGCAUGCUGUGCCGGUUCCAUAUCCAUUUUGAAUGUGCUCUGUGCGUGUUUGUCGUUGCCGCCAUUGCUAACUCCACUGCUGGGCAUAUAUUUGAUGUGUGUGCCGGUGCCGUUGAUUGCCAUCUCGCUCGCCCACAUCGAUCUCGAUCCAAAGAUCAUGAAUCGUGCCACCAGCAAAAAGCAAACCGAAUACGAUUCGCGUGCCUUUGCCUUUGUCAUGUGGUGCUAUGGCUGCAAAUUCCUUGUGCCCGUUGUUGCCGUGCUCGUUGCCUACUGGAUGUGCAUGACGCAGUCGUUGUCCAGUCACGUGGACAAAGUCAACAGCUCUGCUGAAUUGGAACUGGACGUGGAGGAUUCGGAUAGUGAUGCGGACUUUUAUCAGUGUCUGCAUAUAGCGCGCAGUUGUGCUUUGUUUGCUGUACUCUUACAUUUCGUGCUCGUCUCGAUAUCGUUUGUGCAUCGGGAUCAUGCGCUCUGGCAGCGCAAUCCAUUUAGGAAUCGCAUUUGGGCGACGACCUGCUUGGCGCUGCUGCUGCUCCACGGCUUCAUCUGCAGCCUCCAAAUGCUGUUGGAUGAAUCACUAGCGGAGCUCUUGCCACAGCUCUGGCUGCCCAUACUCGUGCUCUUUGGCAGCAGCUUGCUUAGCCUGCUGAUCAGCGAGCUGGCUAAGCUACAGGAGAACAAAGUUAAUGCGCGUUAUCAGCGAAGGGCGCGCCUCGAUUUUGGCACCAAGCUGGGAAUGAAUUCGCCGUUCUAAGAAUUAACUCUUUUUUACCACCGAUUAACGCCGAGUACCAAAUGAAAAAAAUUACGCCAGCCAAAGUGCCAAGGCUCUGUGUACAUAUUUAUUCUAUAAAUUCCCUUUACUUUUAUUUAUUAUUAU